GUGUGUGGUGUUAGUUCGCGGCUCACAGUGUUUUUGUUUUGUGCUACAGGCGGUGUGUACAGGGCGUCGGCGUGCGGCACCUCGAUUGACCACUGCGUGCUUGCGGUCGGCUACAACUUGACGGCCAACCCGCCCUACUGGAUCAUCCGCAACUCGUGGGGCACCAGCUGGGGCCUUGAGGGCUACAUGCACCUCGAGUUUGGCACCGACGCCUGCGCCGUGGCCGAGAUGACCACGUCCGCCAUCAUCUAA